AUGGAUCUAAUUCCAUGUCUUCCUGAUGAGAUUGCCCGUGAAUGCUUAAUACGCGUUCCUUACAACCAGUUCUCCACUCUCUCGGCUGUCUCCAAAGGUUGGAAAGAAGAGGUGGAGUCGGUGCAGUUUCACCAGCAGAGGAAGGCCGGAGGGUUGAGCCGAGCCAUCGUUGCCCUUACGCAAGCUGAACAGAACCGAGCGUCCCCUGCGCUAAAGUACCCUGCGACGCCUGCCUACCGGCUUACGCUUUUUGAACCUGCCACUGGAUCGUGGAGUAGCCUGCCGCCGGCCCCUGGGUUUCCCGACGGUUUGCCGUUGUUCUGCCAGUGCGCUGGGGUUGGACGGAAUCUGGUGGUGAUCGGCGGGUGGAACCCGACGACGUGGGAAGUAUCUAAAGCGGUGUUCGUUUUCGAUUUCAUGUCCGGCAAAUGGCGCCGUGGGGCUGACAUGCCGGGGGGGUCUCGAUCGUUCUUCGCCUGCGCGUCGGAUUCUGAUCGGAAGGUUUUCGUAGCUGGCGGGCAUGAUGACGAGAAGAACGCACUGAACUCUGCAAUGUCUUACGAUCUGGCAAAGGACGAGUGGGCCCCGCUUCCCGACAUGGAGAGACAGCGAGACGAGUGCAAAGGGAUUUUCCACGCUGGCAAAUUCCACGUCAUCGGCGGGUAUUCCACGGAUAUGCAGGGACGGUUUGAGCGGAGUGCGGAGGUUUUCGAUGUUGCCACGUGGCAAUGGAGCAAGGUUGAGGAGGACGUCCUGGACACAGGCUCGUGUCCGAGGACUUGCGUGGCUGGGACGGAGGGGAAGUUUUACAGGUGUAAGGCUGGUCACGUGGCAGUUCUAGAAGGCGUCAUGUGGAGGUCAGUGGCCGAGUUACCGGCUGACAUUCGCUUGUCACCGAAUUUGCUGACAUGGCAGGGAAAUCUACUGGUGCUAGGGAUGGCCAAGUACGGUGGGCCCUAUGCAACGUACGUAUUGGAAUCGCCGAAUUAUACAUGGAGAAAGGUGGAGACGCCGGAGGAAUAUUCCGGCCACGUUCAGGCCGGCUGUUGCUUGGAGAUGUAA